GAGGGGUGUAGUGAUCCGCUUGGUCGGUCCCUAGUCCAGUGCGCGGAGCUGGCUGCUGAGCCAAGGCUGGGACCCUGCAGCCGGGGGGUGCCGAUCUGAUCUCCCUGGUGGGGGCGCGUCUUCCUCGCUCCUCGGAUUUGUCGCUUUGCUUUUUGUGCAGCUAGGACUUGGCCCAGAAGUUUGGGGCAGCAGGGAGCGGCUUUAACCCCCCCCCCCCCCACAUCUCAGGAUUUUAGGAGCUUAACCAUCCUUUUUGUUCCGUGCGUCUACAUCCCCUGCCAGCCCCCUCCAGCCACCAUGGGCAGCCAGGGCUCCAAGGCGGCCAAAGGAGACGUGGUGGCUCAGAAAUCGGCCGAUGCUGCUGCGGUGUCUCCCUCUAAAUCAAACGGCCAGGAGAAUGGCCAUGUAAAGAUAAAUGGGGAUGUCUCACCAAAGGCUGAUGGAGAAGCCCCACCACUGAAUGGCAAUGGAUCUGCUGAGCCAGUCAAAGAUGAGGCCAAGGCAGAGUCUGGCAGUGCAGAUGCCAUUGAGCCAGCCCCAGCUGCUGAAGGUGGGGAGGCCAAGCCUGAUGGUGCUGCAGCCUGCAAGGAGACCCCCAAGAAGAAGAAGAAGUUCUCUUUCAAGAAGCCCUUCAAACUGAGUGGGAUCUCCUUCAGGAAGAACAAGAAAGAGGCUGGGGAUUCUGCUGUGUCCUCUCCCACAGAUGACCAGGCCAAAGCAGAAGCCAAAGGAGAGGAGAACCCUACCUGCUCUGCCAAUGAAACUGAGCAGACCAGUAUAACACAGGAAGGGAAAGUGGAGGAGAAAGCUGCUGCAGUGGACAACAGUCCUCCUGCUGCUGAGGGGCAGCAGGAAGCUGAGCCUAAAAGGGAAGAUGCAGAAGCAGGGGAAGCCAAGGAGAGAGAGGACCAGGAGCAGCAGCUGGGGGAAAGCCAGGAGGCUACAGCUAAGCCAGAGGAGUCCUCAAAACCUGUGGAGCCUGAGGCCAGUACAACACCUGCAGCAACUGAGCAGAAGGAAGAGUAGAGCCCACCUGACAUUGUCAUAACUUAAAGACUUUUUGUGCCAUCCUCAUCCCAAUAACACCGUGGACUUGCUGCCUUGCCCACACACCUGUAUGUUCAAAGUAGAACUGACAACACCUACAAUUAAGAUGCCUGAAUUAUUUCCCUCCAUGCAGCUCACUGUUACCCACCACCACAACUUGGCACUAGUUUGCCUGAAUCCUUUAAAACUGGAGGAAGAUGAUCCUGGACAUAACAGGAAUCUAGUCAGACUCCAUCUAUUACACCAAACUCUAGGCUCUCUGCUGACCUACUGCCUCUUCCACUAAUCCUCCAAGCAGCUUUCAAAGUCCAAUAAGCCACUGACUGUUCAAUGGAUUUUUUUUUUCUUGGUUUAAAUUCCUGGUUCUGACUUCAUUUAAAGUAUUUUGGGCUUUUUAUAGAAACAGUUUAAAAGCUAAUCUGGUUAGUUUUUUAUAAUGUCUUACUAUUGGCUUAAAACCAUAAGCUUGUAAGUCCGCUGUGUUUAAUUUUACUUCUAAGGGGUAACUUUUCUGGGGUGGGGGAAGGAGAGUGCAAACUGUAUAAUGUGAAGGUUUUUGUUUUCUCUGUAAAUAAUUUUUAAUGGCCAAAACAUGAUUUGCAAUUUUCUAACUCUAAAGAACAAACUCUGGGUUUCCUUGUAACAUUUGAAAGGAAUAAAGGGUGACCCCUUUCUGGGUAUA